UUGCAUCUAGUAAAGUAAAUCCUUUCUGGGUAAUCAUCUUUUUUAUAUCAAUGUUGUGGUAUCACUCGAUCAAUGACUCAACCGAGUAUCCCAUCCAUUGCCCAACGAAUCAGCGUAUUCGAUUAUUUAACUGAAACGAGUAUGUGUUCCCUUCCCUUGGUUACUCCACCAUCCAAACCAACCACUUAGUAUCUAUGCAGAGUGGGUUUGGACGAAGAAUGAAAUGCAUCUUCCUAUCUUAUCUGUAGCGCAACUACUUCUUGUAAAGUAUCCGUUUCCUCUCUAUAUCUAGAUGAAAGUUGACUCGAGAUCACAGGAUCUGAAGAGAGAAAGGAGUGUAGAGUCAACCGUCUAUGGAUAUCAUCGUGUAUGGAUAUCAAGUCAGAAUGAUAGUGGAGUGUAUACGGAAUAUACAGAACAAAGAGAUGGAAAAGCACAGAUACAUCCUUUCCUGAUUCUCCAUAUGCAUAUCUCCACACCUUCCAAUCGAGUCAUCAAUCUGCCGUGUGUCCCGUCCUUAUUCGUUCUAGGUCUCCAUCCCAAAAAGAAUUGGCACCACAGUAAACUCCUGAUCGCCAGUACACAAUGUGGUCGAUCAAUCAACUGCCGGUAUUCAAGUUGUGCAACUAAAUCAAGUAGUGAAGUAUAAAUGCGUGGAAACAAUGAGGCGAUAUAUUGUUGUCUGAUUACUUGUAGAAGUAAAAUAGUGAACGGUAGUUGAUGAUAUAGUAUUAUCUUUGUUACUCAUGUGGACAAUAAUAUAUUUCUUAUCUAGGUACGUACCUACCUAUCAAAAUUAUCUAUUCAUUCACCAAAUCAGCAGGCAACCUCCUCAUCAUUCAGGAAAGCACAUCAAUGAUUUGUACCUACCCAUUAGAGCCAUCACUUGAUAACACUUUCCCCGCGCCAAGUCACGUCAGAAGCAUACGCACGCUCUCGCCAAGGACAUUCCCAUUUAUCAUCCAACAUCCCACAUCCAACAUCCAACAUCCAACAUCCAACAUCCAACAUCAUCACAUCCAAUACCCUCACAAUUCAUCUAUUCCAUAUAUUUCACAAACAUUUCCAUCCACA